ACCAUUACAUGUUCCUUUACAACCAUACCCUUCUAUUCCUCUACACCACCAACUCCCCAUCCCUGCCUGAAAAUCCAUUUUCUUGACCAUAAUUCAGGUGGGGAAAACAAUGGCAACAGUCACAACUCAGGCCUCGGCCGCCAUUUUCCGGCCAUGCGUCAACUCGAAAUCGAGGUUCCUUUCGGGUUCUUCUAGUAAGUUAAAUAGGGAAGUGGCUUUUAGGCCUAUGGCUUCUCCUCCUGCUUCUUCUUUUAAAGUUGAGGCUAAGAAGGGUGAGUGGUUACCUGGCUUGCCUUCACCAGACUACCUCACCGGCAGCCUUCCUGGUGACAAUGGAUUUGAUCCUCUGGCACUUGCUGAGGACCCAGAGAACUUAAGGUGGUAUAUCCAAGCUGAGCUUGUCAAUGGCAGAUGGGCAAUGUUGGGCGUUGUUGGGAUGCUAUUGCCUGAAGUGUUCACCAGCAUUGGGAUCCUUAACGUUCCCAAAUGGUAUGAUGCCGGAAAGGCCGAGUACUUCGCUUCUUCGUCCACCCUCUUCGUGAUCGAGUUCAUCUUGUUCCACUACGUCGAGAUCAGACGGUGGCAAGACAUCAAGAACCCGGGAAGUGUGAACCAAGACCCCAUCUUCAAGCAAUACAGCUUGCCCCCAGGUGAGGUGGGCUACCCAGGUGGCAUCUUCAACCCCCUCAACUUCGAACCCACUCUCGAGGCCAAGGAGAAGGAACUUGCCAAUGGGAGACUGGCAAUGUUGGCCUUCCUCGGGUUUGUGGUUCAACACAAUGUGACCGGAAAGGGGCCGUUCGACAACCUGUUGCAGCACCUCUCAGAUCCAUGGCACAACACCAUUGUCCAAACCCUAAGCGGCUCCUAGAUCGAUUGCAAAAGCAGAAAAGAUGGAAGAUCUGUUUUUAUUUAGUUUGUAACAAUGAAUUAAUGGUCUUUGAGUGAUUGGGAAGGUGAGCAUCAAUGUAGACAAAGGUUUUACCAGUGUACAGGAACCAUGGUGGCGGUGAAUAUUAUCAUUAUCGUUAAACGUG